AUGCAGCAAAGCUACAAUUUGAUAGAGGACCUGUCAAAACGCUUGAACUCGGAGUUGCAUAGCUCGGGGAUCACAUCCGCCUUCCUUGACGCAUGCUUGCAGCAAUUCUUCGAAUGGCUUUCACCAUGCUUUCCCGUCAUACACAAACCGACAUUUUCAACACGUGAAACCAUCCCACCGCUUCUGCUGAACAUGGUAGCCCUCGGUUCCUUGUUUGUAUGCCAACCAGAUUCAUCUCAAAAAGGAGAGAUGCUCUGGCGCCUUGGCCAUACCGCGGUAGCAACCUCCUGGCAAACACUAAGUAGCCUGCGGGGGCCGCGAGAUGCCUGCGACGGUGUCCAGUUGGUCAUGACGGCGCUUCUAGGGCAACUAUUUGCACUACUCUCCAGCAAUGAAAGCAUACGAAGAACUGCAUUUGUAUGGCAUGGACUUGGCUUCUACUGGGCGCGAACAUCUGGCAUGUACGCCGCAGAAGAUAUGCAACAAUACGACAUUCCAGGACGAGAAGCCCCAGGCUCGACAAAGCACGCGGCAUGGUUGACAUGGGCGGCCAUAGAAACUAAACGACGCGCAAUCCUGGGCCACUAUAUACUCGACGGCCUAAUCUCACAAGCUUCGGGGUCCCCGGCCAGCACUCGUCACCUAAUAAAUUCCAUCAAGACCGCAUGCCCUGAUGCUGCCUUCCUCGCAAAGACCGCAGACGAUUGGAUCGUCGAAAUGGAAAAAUCGAGCCCAACUCAACGUCCCUUCAGCGAAGUCUUUGUCUCCGUCUUCUCACCAGAUUAUUCAAGUUCCUCCCCACCACGUCUCUCAGUAUUCUCUACCCUUGUCACCCUAGAGGGUCUACAAUCCCUCAUAUCCGACCUGCACGAAACCACCGGACCGGUAUUCGGCGCAAUUUCCGAAAGGCAGAUUAUCCAAGCUUUGUUGAAUAUUUACGACACGAACAUCAGUAAAGAGUCACCCAUCCAUGACAACAAAUUCCAACUCACCCUCCGAUGGCACACCGUUUGCCUUGAACUAGCCGUUUCUUCUGCUUCCUUAUGUCGAAGGAUAUGUCACGCAUAUGGUCUACAGCAGCCACUCGGAGGAAUGGCCACCAAGGAAGAUCAGCUGUCAUUUGAUCUAAACCAAUGGGCUAGAAGCGCCGGUGCUACGAGAGCAGUUCUACAUGCACUUGCUAUUACUCGAAUCGUCAGUCAGAUUCCGUUCAAGUCAGCCCACGCACCUCAUAUCCCCGCUGCUAUAUAUGCCUCAGCAGUUGUGAUGGGUGGAUGGUGUUUAUCCCGCGAAGAGACGAUCCACGUUGGGUCAAAUACUCCAUGGCAUGAUAUCUGGCGUGAGGGACAUGACAUCGAUCAAUACCUCCGACACGAGGAUACCGACGGGACUAAAGUCCAACUGCUCAAUGAGAUGAACUUUCUCCAGAUCAGUCUGAAAACUAUCACGUCACGCUGGAGCGUGUCUCGUCCUAUGGCAGAAACAAUCCAACAAAUAGCCACCUUGGCUCGACAAUAUCAUUGA